AGACAAAGUCGUUUUUAUCUUGUCACUUUUGCCGCAAAGUGAAUUGUGUAAAGCUGAUUUCUUCAUCAACUCGAUGACAUACAAUUCAAUCAGACCUUUUGCUGCAGUGGUUAUUGUCGUCUAAAGUGCAGUAAAAUCGAGUCAAAUGACAUAACAAUUUGAAUUCAAUUUUCCAUUGAGUCUUACUCAUUCCAGAAUUGCAUUCCUUUGGAGUUUUUUCCUUUGGAGUUUUGACCUAAAAUUAUUUUUCCAAUAAUCCUUUUCGCUUUUUAUACUCAUACUAAUUUCAAUAAUUUUUCAAAUUUUUUUGCUCAAUGUGAAGAAAUUCGAUGAAGUGAACCAGCCUUUUGCCCAACUUAUCUAUUUUAGUUGAUUGAUUGCAAAGUUUGAAAUUUUACUAACUUCUUCAGCUGUUUUUUUGACGAUAAAAACAUAUUAUGAUGCCGAAGUAUCAGAUCUUUGUAGACAAUGAGGCGGGGGGCAAUGACAACGAGGACACCCUCAAUAUCCUCAGCAACAGUCAGUGGGACGGGGGAAAUAACAACGACCACGACAACACAGGCUUAUGGGAUCAAGCGGUGCGAGAUGCCACAAGUACAAUGACGACAAAUGUCGGCGGCGGCGGAGUGAUCAAUGUUGAUUCCCAUGACUCUGCAAGUGAUUUUGGUCGGAUGAGUCAUGCACCGGUCAACAACAGUAACGCAGGCAGCGAACUCCGUUUGGGCAGUGCAAGUCGACCUUCGCCUGACAACAAGAAGAAACCAAUAUCGGCAGAUCCGUUCGAAGCAUCCUAUUCUAAAAUCGAUUGCCUGUGGAAAAACAGUGUGUUCGAUUUCUUCAAUGAUCGUCAGUAUCUGUGCGCCAUUUGGUUCAUGAUUGCAGUCCAAAUUAUACUUUUGAUCUUCUUAUGUCAACAUUUUUCGUUCAUCGGCGGCGUUCAGUCCCGCUUUGGACCGGGGGGUAGCUCCGCGGUUUCGGCAGAGGAGAAACAAGUGCACAGAAACUUAGAUCUGGAGGAGAACGUAAGAAUAGGACGGCAGACGUUUCAUAAACUGAUGAAAUAUUGUCACACCUUCAUGUGUUUUGAGAAGCACAACUCGGACUUCGGCUCCGAUUGCUUCUGCUUCUCGGAAGUCCAGCGGUCCUGGGACACAGCUAAUGAACUGUGUACGGGUGAGUUGAAGAAUGUGAGUGGCAAGAUGGUGAUUUUGGACACUGACUCGAAGAAGGACUCGUUUGAGGCCAUCAUCAAAGAGUACUUCUCCGCCAAGCCAGAAGACACUCACUACUCCUACUACGGUCCUCAAUUCUGGCUGGCCGCGCAGUCCAAGGAUGGGCGCAACUGGAAGUGGAAGAACAAUGUCGAGACGCAGUUGCAGAUGGUGCGGGAGGAGGACUUCGAGGCAGAUUGUCUGGCUCUCAGGGGCGACGGCAAGCUGGAACCGAAGCCUUGCUGGCCCAGCUACGAUGGGGUGGAUGUCGGAGUCAUCUGCGAGAAAAAGGUAGACGUCUUCAACUUGCCCACCCAGAAAAUCAGACAGAACGAGUCAUGUUUGUACUAUGGCCAGACAAACGAGACUCUGCUGCAGGCAUGUACGAGACUGAACAACAGCGCCAUAGCCGACCAGUUGUUCUGCAACAGGACCACUAAGAAGUGCUACGUGUUCGUAAAGCCCCACCAGCUGGAGCUGAGCAAUGCAGGCGGUGCAAAUGGAGUGGGACGCGAGUACUAUCACAGGUCCAGCCACUAUGGGACAAAAGACUGGCUGGAGAACAGACAUAUGUGCCAGAAAGAGUUGGGCAUGGAUGACCUGGUGGCAUUCAACGAUAUAUAUGAGCAGGAGUUCGUCAUCAACAACGUCCGCAACUGCUCGAGGAUCUCACAUAUGGAUUAUCUACAGGUGGGAGCCAGCAGGUAUGCGAUUGGUAACUUAAACCACUGGCUGUGGGUGGGGGAGGGCAACGAGGAGGGACUGGACGAGACACAGUUCGAGUGGGUGGAGGGAAUGGCUGGCGUGGAGGAGGAGGGAAAGGGCUUAUCCGGCGGAGGGAGGUGUCUGGCCGCUGAGAUGGACAAGUCCCGCUUGGAUGAGUACAUAGAAUAUGUAUUCUUCCCCGGGAAAGACUUGCCAGAUGACUCAUCGCCAAGCCCCCUCAACAAACGACCCUGGUUCGAGUUCGUGGACUUUCACUGCACAGAGCCGCACAACUUCAUCUGCGAGUUCAACCCUUCCAGUGACAAAUCCUUCACUCAUUCGACGGAGUAUGUUCCUUCUGUGCCACUGUCCCUCAUCCACAUCAUCCUGGAGAAGAACAGAGUAGUGUUCGAAAUGGGUCCCCCCGAGAGACCCCAGAGGAGCAUCUUCUUCGUACCAAAAGAGGAGGCCUCGUUGCAUGAUGCGGAUCAAGUGUGUCAACAUGCUGCCAAGACCAACUUCUUCCUCAACGGUCCAGAUCGCGACAUACGACAUGCUGAGAUUCAAGACGAAGAAGAGAAGCAGUUGCUCUUAAAGCAACUUCAAGAAUUCAACGAAAGACUUCCGGACCAGUUGGUCUCUCUGGCUGCCAAGUUUGACUGGGAAGAGAAGCAGUUUGAGUGGAAAACUAACUGGAUGUCAUCACUAAAUAUAUCUGGCAUAUCUCCUUCCUCCUCGCCCCAAAUAGUGCCCUACGGACGCCCUUCUUGGGUUGGGUACGACUACGACGAGCCAGAUAGAGACAACUACCCGCUUCUCGCGCUGUCGGCCAAGGACGAAAACAAUGGCGUGUACGAACUGAAGCCAUACUUCCCUCCAAGAUACGAUUACUUCUACAGGAAUGGUUACAAGGCGCCCAUUCUCUGCAGAGCAUAAUAAAAGCAGACAUAUUGAUAAACACCCAAAAUGACUUCGAAAAACACUCCAAAACACCCAAAAUGACUUCGGGGAGAUAGCUCAAUAGGUACUUGAGACAUGUUUAUAAUCAGUUGAAAAUAGUUUGAAUGAUAUGAAAUCACAAACCAGAUUCUCCAACUAAAUCACUAAACUUAGUAUACUAACAAUAUCGAAGCUCAAAAAUUACAAGAGAGUGUAAAAAGAAUAAAAAAAAAACUUAAAAACUGAGGAAAGU